GUAGGUGUUGUGAAGUGUUUUUGAUCUCCGAGCUCGGUGUGACAAGUGGGAAAACUUUUUUAAAAUGGAAAAGGUUAUGUUUCUUGCGAUGGUUCUUUUGGCUGUUUGUGCCGUAAAUUGCGGAGCUGCUUCUCUCCGUAGCGCUGCGGGCAAUUCUUCGGAUGAGAUUUCGGCGAAUUCAUCCAAGACUGCUGAAACGAAGAAUGGCACGGAUAUUCCGUUUGUGGUUGAGUCGAAGAAUGCCACAGAGGAGGGUAGCAAUGCCACGAAAUCUGCAUCGGAGAUGAUGGGAAAGGCGGAAGAUUCGCCGGUUGGGGUUGCAGUCCGACUGCUGCAAGCGAGACGAAUCGGGCGGCGUACGGACAGCGGCGGCGGCGGCUGCGGCGCCUCGGAUCGAGCAGCAGUAUAG